UUUUCACGUUUUUUGGCAACCAUUUUCUUCGUUGACCAACAAGCAUUAAACUUGGUCGAGCUCGCCGUCGGACGUCCACCGUUGUCAGUCCUGGGUAGUUGUUCUCUGGCAAGUAUUGAAAAAGAUGGAAGGACAAAACCCCCGGGAUGCACAAGUUAUUGAAAUUCGUGGACACGCUUCUGAUGGUGGAAGGGCUCUUGGAGGAAGUAAGGUUUGUGGGGAAGCACCAUGUGGGUUCUCAGACGCUGGAUCCAUCUCCAGGGAUUCCAAAGAACGAUUGACUUCAAUGCGAAAACUUCUGAUGGCAGUGAUUCUCUGUGUUGUUUUCAUGAGCAUUGAAGUUGUUGGGGGAAUCAAAGCUAAUAGUCUUGCAAUAUUGACCGAUGCGGCACACUUACUUUCUGAUGUUGCAGCCUUUGCCAUCUCAUUAUUCUCUUUGUGGGCUGCUGGAUGGGAAGCCACCCCUCGUCAGUCAUAUGGAUUUUUCAGGAUAGAGAUUCUCGGCGCCUUGGUUUCUAUCCAACUAAUAUGGUUGCUUACUGGAAUUCUAGUCUUCGAAGCCAUUCAAAGACUCAUUGCUGGUACUCAUGAGGUUAAUGGCCUACUAAUGUUUUUAGUUUCUACAUUUGGUCUAUUGGUUAACAUCAUCAUGGCUCUUUUACUGGGUCACAAUCACAGACAUGGACACGGUGAACAUGAUCAUAGUCAUGACCGUGGAUCUGUAAUUUCUACCCAUCACCAUCAUCAUGAUGAAGAGCAUUCAAGAGAUAAGCCCCAUCACCAUAGUCAUGACAAUGUCGGUGAAGCACUUCUCAGUGGAUCACCAGAGGAGAAGAAAGAAUGGAACAUUAAUGUGCGAGGGGCUUAUCUCCAUGUACUUGGGGACUGUAUCCAAAGUGUUGGGGUGAUGAUCGGAGGGGCAAUUGUAUGGUACAAACCCGAGUGGAAGGUCGUUGACUUGAUUUGCACCCUAGUAUUCUCAGUGAUUGUUUUGGGGACAACGAUCAAUAUGCUGCGAGGCAUACUUGAAGUCCUGAUGGAGAGCACGCCACGAGAGAUAGAUGCAACUAAACUUGAACAGGGGCUGCUGGACAUGGAUGAAGUUGUGGCUGUUCAUGAAUUGCAUAUAUGGGCCAUUACAGUGGGUAAGAUUUUACUGGCUUGUCAUGUGAAAAUUAGGCCAGAAGCAGAUGCAGACUUGAUGCUUGACAAGGUUGUAGACUAUAUCAAAAGGGUCUACAACAUUAGUCAUGUGACCAUUCAGAUAGAGCGCUAAUUCUGUCUUGGAUCAAUUGGCUUUUUUAUUUUUUAUUUUUUAUAUUCACUCUAGAAUUAAACUUCAUUGGCCUCCAUAAUGCAGCAUACUACGCUUUUUCUAGGAAUUAAAAGAGUCAGUACGAAGAGCAAUUAACAUUUGCACGUAACAUCUGAUUUUGUGUUAUAUUACCCUGCGAGCUAUUUCUUGAAGUGUCAA